AUGUUCAACGCCACAAACCCCGUGGCGGGAACAGUUCCUCUCGCCGUGGACUUCGACAGUCCUGAGGACUAUUUCAUCUUCAUCUUCCAGCUCGUCUUCGCCACCACCGCUGUCCUGACGGCGGGACCGAUAGUCGUCACUAUUCUGUCCACCAGAGCCCUGCGCCUCCAGAACCGGUUCGUGUUCAUGCUGAACACCAGCAUCAGUGACACGCUGGUGGGGCUGUCGGUGUACUACCUGGGCCUGUUCGACGUUCAGGAGGGCUAUCCUUACCCCAGGAACGGCUCCUACAACAUCCUUCCCUCCCUGCUUGGCGUUAACCUCAUCACCUUCCUGUUUGCGCAGUUCGACAGGUACUUCGCCGUUUGCCACCCUUUCGUGUACACGCGCUACGUAACGCGGCGUGUGAUCAUAUCUGCAAACGUGUACUGCUGGUUCCAUAUCUACGGUCAUUUACUGAUCGUAGUGUUCCUGCCUCUGUCCAAUGCCAUACGGAUGUAUGUGUUCACCAUCAUCAGCCUGCAGGCCGUGGUGCUCACCAAAAUCAUCAUGACCAUCAAACUCUAUGUUGUCGCCAGGUACCAGCUGACCAGAGAGCCUCCCGGAGAAGACAGGGAGAACAAAAAGGAGUCACUGAUAAUUAUGAUUUUUGUGGUCAGCUCCUUCUUGGUCCUGUGGUCUCCAUCUUUUGUUAACAUUACACUCAGACUGAUGUUGGGGAAAGGAGUGACGUUCAGGAAUGAGGCAACCAAUGUCUUCGCCAUCAUGGCCCGUUUGAACGCCGUGUCCACCCCUGCGGUGUAUCUGUGGGGGAGUCCUAGGCUGAGGAAGGCCACGAUGAGGACCGUAUGGGGCAAGGUGUGUCAAAGAUGCAAGACGAGGUAAAAAAAAAAGUUAAAAAAAAGUGGAAAAUGCAUUUUUUCCUUCAGUUCUUAACAUAAUCUCAACCACCAUACAAACUGAAAUAGACUUAACUGGUUUUGUAACGCUGUAUAAAACGUGAGCACAUAGUAGGUUAUUUAUGUUUAGAAAAAAAUGUGUU